UCCAAUCUAUCGCUCAUUCUGCGAUUGUCGCACUCCAAGUUAAGUCAUCUCGGUACAUGAGACAGUUUCGUCAAUAUUGAAGAUAUUUUGCAAGAAAUAUGAGUGCUUGUGUUAACGAUAACUUUAAAGUGAUGAUAGACUAAAUAUCUUAAUUUUUUUGACGUGUUUCGUGUCAGAAAACGAAGACUUGAUCUACAGCUGUAGCUGCAGUCACAGUGAGCUCGGGGGAUAUUAAUAACGAACAUUAAUUUUAUGAUAACUAUAGGCUUGCAAAGGAUUAAGGAUUGCAGAGAAGGUCAUCUGAGAAGCAAUAAUCGUCGUUAUAAAAGUAUCAUAAAGAAGCCAUUUUGUGUAAUUUGCCUUCUAAGAAGAAAGAAGACUAAUUACAUCAAAAGACGUGUGGUUCCUGAUGCAAGAAUAUUUUUUUAAAGCCAGAAAUCACCUUAUGUGAUUUUAUGUCUUCAAAAUUAAACAAAAACAUUUUAGUGAUGUUAUAUGAACAAGUUUAUUAGUAAUUGGAAUUGAAUUAAUAUGUACCAAAAUAAAAAAGUUGAAUGUCAGCCAGAGACUACUUGUAAGUGCCUGCCGACUGCGCCAAUUUUCUCGUGUAUUGAAGUGACAUUAUGACUAAAAGGCUAUAUCUAUCAUAAUUUAUGUUGUGACAACUAAAAAAUUAGGACAAGCUGUUCAGCUUUCAACACGGUUAUAAAACUGCACCAUUUUCCUCUAUACCAUGAGCACAAUGGACCGGCGGGAGCCAGCACGAGCUUCACUCCACCUUACCAUCGUGGGUAUCCAGGUCAGCAGGCUCAAGAAGAAGACCACGGCUAAACCUACUUGCAAGUUGCUCGUACAGAGAUCUCAAAAGGAAGACGGCAUCAAUGGCGUCACAGAGAAGUCUUUCACAAAGUACCUGUUCCCGAUGUACCCGGAGCUGGCGAAGCAGUUCUACAAGUACAUCCACCGGACCGGCAAGUGCAAGAACCAGCACAUUCCGCUCUCCACCUUCAAGCUGCACUGCGAGAAGAUCCUGGCCAUGCUCGACGACUCCAUCAUCUUAGACACUUAUGUCAAGAUGUUCAGCUCGGACACGGACGACAACACGGUGACCCCCGAGGGGCUGCGCAGCCUGCUGUACACCAGCUACAAGCUGUCCAUGGACCACUACCCGGAGGGCCCGCAGACCUGUCUCAUGAUCCACAAGACGUUAUCAGCAGUUGUGAACGGCUGCUUCAACAACAAGGACAGCCACAGCGUAGGCUUCGUGGUUCGCUGGCUGGAGGAACACUGUCCUAGGCUUAUAUUCCCUGUACAUAGAUACUGCGUGCACAUGCUGGCGACCCGUCACCGCGACAUCGAGGCGCACGUGGAGUCGAGCGGCGACGGCGCGGGGCUGGAGCUGGCAACGCCGGUGCUGUCGCGCUCGCCGUGGCAGGCCGCGUCCGCGCUGCUGCCGCUGUCCGCCGCCUGGCUGCUGGCCGGCGCCGCCCCGCCCCUCUACAGCAGGCCCACCGCCCCCACUGGACACGGACAUAUGAUAUCGGUCCCCCCCCCGGCAGUGGCCCCGGGCGGCGGGCUGGCGAGCGCGGCGUGGCUGGCGCGGCUGGUGUGCGCGGUGCCCUCGCACUGGACGCCGCUCUACUCCUCCAGGGACCACGGCAUCGGCGCCAACCGCUUCCUGCACCACACGCUGGCGUACAGAGGUCCGACGGUGGUGAUGCUGGCGGGCGGGCCGCUGGUGCUGGCGCUGUGCGCGCCGCAGGAGUGGCGCGAGUCGCACCAGUACUGGGGCUCCGGCGACUGCGCGCUCGUGCAGCUGGCGCCCACGUUCGCCGUAAUAGAGCGCGCGCCGAAGAUGCUGUACCUGAACACCAGCAUCCGCGGCUACCCGCGCGGGCUGCGCGCCGGCGCCGACGCGCGCGCGCCGCGGCUCAGUGUGGACGCGGGCUUCGACAGCCUCGCCUUCCAGGGGGUGCCCUACGAACUGAAGGCCGUCGAGGUGUGGGGCUGCGGUGACCAUUCGUCGCGCGAGACGCAGCUGGAGAUCAAGAAGUGGCAGGUCAAGGAGGCCGAGCGCCAGCGAGCGGUGAAGCUGUCGGCGGCGGACUGGCUGGACCACCCGGACCGCUACCUGCUGGAGAUGGCGGGCCGCCCGCAGUACAACAACUCGGCCAGCUAGUGACGUCGCUCUGUGCUGACCUGACGCCAUUUACAUUGUGAAGUGACAGUGCUAAGUUCGUAACGUCAUGUGAAAUGUGCCGUGACAUUUGGAAGCCUCGGUUUGGCACUCUGGUGGCGAAUUAGUGACGAAGCUUACGUAGCUUUGUGAUGUCAUAGGGCUAGACGGAAACUAAUUCAACAGGCUGGGUUGAAGGGUUAUAUAUCUCGAAUGGUUUUUGAUAGAAUUGGACAGUUUUCUUUGUUGUUUGCGUACUAUUUUAAUUAUUUGCCCAAAAAUUUAUAAAAAAAAUGAAAAAAUCCACCUGUGGAACUCUCAGCUGUUGUAUAGCCUUUUAGUAUUUUUUUUCAGCUAACACUCAACUGACGCUAAUGCUGAGCGUCAGUUCAAAAUGUGAAUGGUCUCUUAACAACAACGGAAAUUGCCCAAAUAUUUAGUGUUGUUUGCCUGUGAUACCCGAAGUGAAAUGAAUGGACCAUGUUGAUGUGAUCAUAAUAUUAUGAAGGACAAAAUAAAAUGUUGACAUUUUGUAAAGUAAUAUGUAAGGUGCCCGUGUAUGGCUGUAUUCUUCAAGGAACAGGCUCUGGCAAUCUCAGUUAUUUAUGGUAUAAUGAAAAGGCAAAGUUACUGACUUUUCUCAUCAAAAGAUGUCAGGUGUGCUGCCAAAGAAACGUCUAAGUCUCGUGCUACUCAAUAUUUUAAUGAAUUAUAUGAUGUUGUAGGACAAAUGUACAUUUAUAAGUGAUAGUUACGUACACUACUGACAUGGAGGAAUUCGCGUCGCUGCGCUGACUGGCAGGGUCGCCAUGGAAGGUUGAAAGCGAGUGAGAUAUAUGAUAGAUUGACUCCGAUUUCAUUAUACUAUACUACACUAGAAAUACUACAUUACAGUAGACUAAGAAAAAUAGUGAAAAUAUAACACACAUUUUGUAUAAGGAAAUUUUAAUCCUUUUUAGCAUUUACACGAAAACUGUUAUUUUUGAUUUUCUGGUACCAUUCUGAGUGAGAUAAAGGUAAAAAUUGCAAAUGUAUAAUAUUGUUUAUUUGAUAAAAUGUGAAAUUGCGUACUUAAUGUACUUACUGAAAUUGUUAAUAUUUUUUGUUUAUUGUGUAAUACCUGAAUUUAUAUUAGUGAAUUAAAAUGUAAUUUUGUGUUCAGUUUAGACUUUGAAGCCAUAAUAUCGAGUCAUUAUGUUAAAACUAGUUAUGAUCCCAACUUGAAAGACAUUUCUCUAUUCAAAACAAAUAUGGCUUAGCCUUAAAUUGCACUUAGUACUUCAAUUAUGAAAUUGAGGAAAGGUAAUGUUUUAUUAUAAUAAGGUGCGUGAAUAUGCCUUUUAUAUUGUCAAGAUUCAGGGUUGAACCGUCAACAAAUGAAAGUGUCCAGCAUAGGAUGUAGUACUUAAUAGGCUUUGUAUUUCUACAAAGUACAUUCAUAAACAAUGUUAAAGCGUACUUAAAGCUUAGUUCGUUUUGUCUCUUUCUGUCAAUUUCAAAUAUAAAGUAUGAUGUGACAAUAUACUUUAGCUAAACAUUUGCUUUUUAUAAGUAAACCGGAUUUUUAUGAAGUUCACGGACGCUUUUCGAAAAUCAUCCACUUUGUGUGCGAGCGGCCACGCUUGUAGAUCAUAGGUGCUAAAUAAUUAUAAGAACUGCUUAUGUAAUAUACUGUAUGUAAGGAUUGAUGUAAGGUAAAUAAAUAUGAAUAUUUUCAUGA